AUGUCAGUCCAGUCGGACGACGCUGCGGCUUACGCUGCGGCUUGGUCUUGGCCUGCCGAUGCUCCUGCUUCAAGUCCUCCUUCUUCAAGCCUACCAGCCGAGAACCCAGCUCCUUCUGCAAAAACCCCACCUGCUGAGCCCACUGCCUCUCCUUCUGAAAGUCCUCCAGCUGGAAACCCUGCUCUCCCUUCCGAGCCCCCUCUAGCUGGAGGCGCUGUUCCGCUUACCGACUAUCUCUCUGAGCAUGCAUCUUCAGAAGACUCCCAUCGUCUUGCCAUGAGGUCUGACUAA